UUUCGUUUCUUCAUGAUGUUUGAUAGUUACUCUUUAAGUCAGUGAUUUUGUAUUACUAAUAGGUAUCAAAUAACAGGAAACACAUUGCGUCACUACAGCCGGACGGUCACGGGGGCAACACAUAUUACAGUUGUGAGUAAAUUGAAACAUUUACUUGAGUAGAGGAAAGUUUACGACCCGACGAGGUAAAGAAGUAUUAUAACGAUCAUAUUUCGUAUCCUUAUUCGACUUCCUGCAGACGCGUAGAUUACAAAAUCUUUUCUCUACUAGCGAUGUUUUCUUUUGUAAUCGUUCUCCAGAUACUUCUGGUACUUCACCAUGGUAAAGUCUCCGCAGUAACAACUGCGCAGCCAACAGAACCCACAAACAAAACUGUCAUCCUCAGCUGUCCUGGUUGCUCCUACGUCAGCAUGCCAAACGUCUCCUCACUAUUUGUCUGGGUAAUCCAGGGGUCCUCACUAGAUGGUGUUAAAUUGGACUGUGGAGGCGCGGGGGAUAUUUCAAACGGAAACAAAACCACUGAUAUACCACCUCGGGUUAAGCUGACUCUGACUCUGCAGAAUGAAGAUAAUGUGACUUGUACUGUGAAGGAUGGGGAGAAGGUUCUUGAAACUCACCAAAUUACCAGAACAUCAGGCGUUAAGAAAGAUAAGAGUAUAAUCCUGAUAACAGCAAUAACUUCAACCCUAGCCAUCAUCUUCUUUAUUACCACUGUAAUCCUGUCCAUUGCUACUUGCCGGAAAUGCUUGGGACGUGGAAAGAAACCACAAAAAGGACCAGUGAUAGUUGAUGAUGUGUUCAAAAACAAUGGCUUCACUGACGGAAAGCAGUCCAAUGGCGGCAGAACAGAUAACGAGGUCGUGGUAGAGGUAGAUGACGUCAAAGUAGAUGAUGAGGAAUUCUAUGCGGACAUUAUACUACCAGACGGAGGCAGGACAGAUAUGCCCAUGAAGAAAGUGGGAGGGGCAGAUGACGUCAUACUAAAUGGGGCAGAUGACGUCAUAGUAGAUGAUGAGGACUACUAUACGGACAACACUAUACCACACGUAGGAGAUAUUGCAUGGGGGAGAGGUCGUGUCCAGGACGAAGAAGAGGAUUACUACGCAGAUAACAUCAUAACAGAGAUGUCUGACAGUUUCUAGCCCCGCAGAUAGAAGGACACUUAGUAGCUAGUAGGACAUAUAGUAGGACAGUUAGUGAGCUAGUAGUACAUAUAGUAGGAGAGAUAGUAGUACAGAUAGUAGAUCUAAUGAAAUCUACAGCAACGAAGACCUCUUCGAGCUAGCUAAAUAACACGAGAUAUGUCACUUCUAAUAGACUUUGUGCGUUUCUGUAUUUUGUGAUAUAUUAAAAUAAACAAUGAAGAUGAACUAACGGAAGCAAAUUUUAAUUUUAAUGAUAUGGCUUUGUAACUAGUCCGGAAACUGUUUAAAAGGAAAACUUGAUUAUAUAUGCUAAUCUAACUGCGUUUAAUGCGAUUACACUAUUAAUUGCACGAGGCGCAGCCGAGUGUAAAUUGAUACAAUAAUCGCACGAGGCGAAGCCGAGUUCGAUUAUUGCAGUUAUUUCAUGAGGCGCAGCCGAGUGCAAUAACUGGUGCAUUCUGCAAUGGUAUUAUACAAUAUACAUGCAGUUAGAUUCGCGUAUAACUACACGCUUCUGGUGUUAUAUAAUCGGUGCGAUAUGUUUAUAAUCGCACGGACUGUGUUGUUAGUUGGUCUAAAAACAGUGAGAUUAUAUAAACUAAUCGAACGGUUUUGAGAUCAAAACAGUGCUCCGAGAAACGAAGUGACGUCAUCCACCGACUCUCCCUCGGUUGAUUUGUUCAAUCAAGUAACUAAAUAUAGGAUAACCUUCGAUGCUAAUUAUGUGAUUGGUCGGAUCUGAGUCACGUGACAUAACUUAUCGAUUGCUAUUGGCUGCUAGGAUGGUAUGGACCAAGAAUCGGUCAGUCCCUAUUAUCUGCAGUUGUGAUGAUUGUUUGAACGUUUUGCUUGCCUGCUGUGGAUAUUCAGACCACCCAAGUAUCACCCGUUAAAUCACCUCUGAAAGCUAUUAAUAUAUCACAGUAUCUUUCAGAAAAUCAGUGCGAUUAGUUUUGUAAUCGCACCGAAUAUGUUUUCGGUUGCUCUCAAAACAGUGCAAUUAGUUUUGUAAUCGCACUCCCUUGAAAA